AUGCCGAUUUCUCUCGUUGAGAAGUCUGGUUUUCAAGCCUUGGUGUACCAUCUAACAUGCCGAAACAAGCCUCAGUACGUUAUACCCUCUCGUCGGCAAAUAACCCGGUGGCUCAGCGAUCGAUUGGAUAUCUGUAUGGCUGGAUUCAAGGGACUACAGAACUGUGCAGCCAUCGGAAUCACUACGGAUGUUUGGACGAGGGCUAACAAGGAAAGUGUCGCAUUAGCAUGCACAGACUCUGGUAGCAAUAUGGUCAGAUGUUUCUCGGAUUUGGUCGCAUCCGGCACUACGUGCCUUCUUAAACAAUGGCUGCCCUGUGCUGCACACCGUUUGCACUUGACGGUGUGUAAUGGUUUGGCCCUAUAUAAAACGAGGCACACUGAGAAGGCUGGCAUCUAUGGACAUAAAACGGUAGAGGACGGUCUAGCACAAGCGGAAGAAGUUCUGAAGGAAAUGGAUGCAAAGGAUCCCACCGAGGGCGACAAUUCCACUAAUGUCAACACUGAUGCGGUUCUGAUGGAGGCAGAGGAGGACGUUGAACAGGACGAGCCUGAUUGGGGGCUUGAAAGAGAUGAUGAAGCAUUCCGUGAUGGCAUCGAGACUGCUGGGCGGCUUCCCUUGCACUAG